ACUACUUUUAAGCUUCUACCAUUUGUUUUGAUUAAUUUGAUCACGAAAUUAAUUCAUGGAGGGAGAUUUCAGUAAAACGGCGGGAACGGAAAUUUCAGAACAAUUUCCCUCUCACGCAAUAUAUGUUUUGCCUCUCGUUUGAAAAUUUGAAAAUUGUUUACUCCCCAUCAUAUAGUAAUACCCCCCCACGCACAGAGGCUCAUUCAUACUCAUACCUUCUCCGCAUCUUUUCUCAAGCCGAUCAAAUGGAGACCAGGAGCAGAAAGCGCAGCAGCGACAGGUGCCCGAGCUCCGGUGCCGGAAACAGCUCGAAGAGGAAGCGGGAAGAAGAGUUCCAGCAGGAUCGGGCGACGAAGGUUCCCCCCUCCGCCGAAGAUUCUCUCCGACAUCUUGUCCUCGAGGUCCGGACUCAGGUGGAGAUUCUGGAAUCGUCCGUCGCUUGUGCCGAGCUGGAUCUGGAAUCGUCGAAGCGAGCUAUCAACGUCCUCCUAGAGAUGGCAAAGAACGAGGAAUUCGUUGACGUGAUUGUGGAGUGUGGAGCAGUUCCUGCGCUGGUGCGGAACCUCAGGCCGCCGGUUCCGGCCAGAGAACGAGACGCUGCCUCGAUUCAGUGUGUUCACGAGGUCGAGAAAGGAAGUGCAUUUACACUUGGACUUCUCGCAACAAGGCCGGAGCAUCAACGUUUCAUUGUUGAUCUUGGAGCCUUGCCUCUUCUUGUGGAUCUUUUGAAGCGGCAUACGGAUGGUAAAAGCUCCCGGACAUCCAAUGGUGUUAUCAGGAGAGCAGCUGAUGCGAUUACUAAUCUUGCACAUGAGAAUGGCAGCAUCAAAUCUCGUGUUAGAGUUGAAGGCGCAAUUCCUCCCCUUGUUGAGUUGCUUGAGUUUGUGGAUCCAAAGGUGCAAAGAGCAGCUGCAGGAGCCUUAAGAACUCUGGCAUUCAAAAAUGAUGAAAAUAAGAAUCAGAUAGUAGAAUGCAACGCUCUUCCCGCACUUAUCCUAAUGCUUCGGUCUGAAGAAUCUACAAUUCACUCUGAAGCGGUUGGUGUAAUUGGGAAUUUGGUGCAUUCUUCACCCAGCAUUAAAAAAGAAGUUCUAUUGGCUGGAGCUUUGCAACCUGUCAUUGGGUUACUUAGUUCUUCUAGCUCAGAGAGCCAAAGGGAAGCUGCAUUACUGAUUGGGCAAUUUGCUGCAACAGAUUCUGACUGUAAGGCGCACAUUGUCCAAAGAGGUGCUGUACCACCCCUAAUUGAGAUGCUUCAAUCUGCAGAUGCUCAAUUGAGUGAGAUGGCAGCAUUUGCACUUGGAAGGCUGGCACAGGAUCCACACAACCAAGCAGGUAUUGCUCAUAGUGGUGCCAUCCCACAUUUGAUAAAGCUUCUAGAUUCAAAAAAUAGGUCUCUGCAACAUAACUCUGCAUUUGCUCUUUUUGGCCUUGCAGACAAUGAGGAUAAUGUUGCAGAUUUAAUAAAAGAUGGAGGAGUUCAAAAACUUCUAGAUGGGGAUUUUGUUGUCCAGCCAACAAGAGAGUGUGUAGACAAGACUCUAAAAAGUUUAGAGGAGAAGAUCAAUGGUCGAGUGCUGUACCAUUUACUGUAUUUGAUGUCUGUUGGGGAGAAGAUUGUCCAAAGAAGAAUUGCAUUGGCCCUUGCUCACUUUUGUUCCCCUCAAGAUCAAAAGACAAUUUUCCUUGAUAACAAUGGAUUAGAGUUGCUUUUGGAGCUUGUAGAAUCCACAAGCGUGAAGUGCCAACGUGAUGCUUCUAUGGCUCUGUGCAAAAUAGCUGAUAAAGCCAGCUCAAUUUCUCAUGUUGAUGCAGCUCCCCUAUCUCCAGUACCUCAAGUGUACCUAGGUGAGCAGUAUGUAAACAACCAGACACUCUCAGAUGUGUCAUUCUUAGUCGAAGGAAAACGCUUCUAUGCUCACCGAAUUUGCCUGCUUGCUUCUUCUGAUGCAUUUCGAGCAAUGUUUGAUGGUGGCUACAGGGAGAAGGAGGCAAAAGACAUUGAGAUUCCAAAUAUUAAGUGGGAUGUCUUUGAGUUGAUGAUGAGAUAUGUUUAUACAAGAUCGGUUCAGGUUAAUUCGGACAUUGCUCAGGAUCUUCUACGUGCUUCUGAUCAGUAUCUUCUUGAGGGACUUAAAGGUCAAUGUGAAUAUGCAAUAGCCAAGGAUAUGUCUGUGGAGAACGUCUCCUUCAUGUUCGAGUUGUCCGAGGCUUUUAAUGCUCUUUCUUUAAGAAGUGCAUGCAUUCUUUUCAUACUGCAGAACUUUGACAAACUAAAUGCCAUUGGCUCUUUCUCUCAACUGAUUGAGCACAUGUUGCCCGAGAUUCGCAGUUACUUUGUGGGAGCACUCACUAGAUCAAGUCAAGCUUAUUCGCAGCAAUAGUUUAUAGUCAGGCAUUAGUUUUUUGUUUCUUUUGGUCAAUUUUUUGGGGUCCAUAAGUAGAACAGAUGUAUAGAAUUUGGUUUAUUUUUGUAGUGUUAAUUAGUCCAUUACCAUAUAGCUAUUUCUGAUCAGGCAUUGUGUGUCAUCUU